UUUCAUUGUAAAGGGAGACUGAAAGUAGCUGUACCUCUCAUCAAAAUAACAAGUAUGUUGCUUUCAUGCUACACACACGAGACAGAAGAGAAGCCAACCACAAGGCAGAGAAAGCUCUUUCAUCCGCUGCAGAAGUUAUAGAUUUAAGCUGAAGAAAAUAUAGGAAACGGCUCUCAGAGACAAAUUUGCUUCUGUUAUUACUAACUGUGAGAAACCUUGAAAUGGCACACGGCAAAGAGAAGCAGUUCCUGCUUUCUUUCACGUUGGUGUUGUCAGUCGUUCUGACCUCAGCUCUGCAAACCCUUGAUUCAGUCCAAGAGCUACAGCACAGCGGAUUCGGUCAACCACCACCUCGCCAUGGUCUCAAGUUGCUGGUUUGGUAUGUUCAGAACUGCUUGGACAACAACAUGGUGGCUCUGUGUGAUCCCACACAUGGAGAUUAUGGAUUUCAUGAGUUUGAGAAUAGGGGGCAUCUGCUUCCAAAGAUAGAGGACAAAAAACAAUACAGGUACUACACCAUUGGAAACCUCAACUCUCCUGGGGCCAAAGACCUGCCCUAUGAAGUCAGGCAAUACUAUGACCGUAGCAACCCUUUAAGCAACAUGGACAGAGUUUUGGUGAGAUACAACAAAAACAACAGACAUGUCAUCGAGAUCUAUGUAUCUGCACAUUAUAAACCAAAACAGACCUACGUGAUUGGUCCCGAUCUGUUUGAUUCUCUUCGCCACCCUACAGCCUACGUUAGCGCAGAAUUGUGAUUUAUUUCUGAUGUUAACUCUAUGAUGGAGUUUCAAACAGCAAUCUUGAAUGACAUAUUUGGCUGCUGCUUUUCUCUCUAGUCAGAAUGUAAGAAAGUGCCAGGCUACUUUGCUGACCUUAUUUGAAAGCUUGUGUAUGAGUCAGGAUGGUUUGUGUAAGCUUGCACAGCCAACCUGCUUGUAGAACACACAGCGCAGAGCAAUGCUUUGGAGAAAAUUUAAUAAAAUAAGUGUUGAAUGUUC